UAAAAAGAGUACGAUAGUAUAGAACUGCACGCCCUCACACUCCAUUACUGAAAAACAGCUUAAUCGGGACUCAAAAUGCCCUCGUAAAUCGCCGUAAAAAACUUUUGAAUUCAGAGGAAGACAAACGGCCUUAAUCGGGACUCAUCGUCUUGUUUGCCAUUGAGAAUAAAGCCAGCGAUUUGCUUUCUUUUAGUUUAUGUCACUUGAUGAGUAAGCACACUAAGGAAGCUUGAUUGCUACUGUUCCGGGAUAUACUGUUUGCAAACUUCUUUCAUUCGGUCGCGGGUUCGAUUCUCUGUGGGCUCCGUAUAAAGGUUUCUCUAGGUCCUGUGUUCGGAUCUUGUUGAGGUCGAGGGUUCAAUGCUUGCUGGUGUAUUAAAGUUUCCUUCAGAAUUUGCUGUCUUUUUGAGCACUUAAAUUUGUGCGGAUAGGUCGCGGGUUCGAGUUUUGGUAACUUGAAAAAAAUGGAGCAUCCUCCGGGCCCAGCAAUGGACGCUGCUGCGGAUACGCGUCUACUUCCGCCGCCUGCUGUUCCUUCUCUUCCUCACGUGAAGUUCAGUUUAGCCACACGACCCGGGCAGGGCAAAAAUGGUAAUAGAAUUCACCUCCUAGCCAACCAUUACAGGGUUCGUUUUGAGAACAAAGAGCUUUACCAUUACGAUGUUAACAUUGAUCCGGAGCCUCCUAAGGGUUGCAGUUUCAGUGUUAUAGCGGAAACAUUUAAGCAGCAGGCCGAGACUUUGAAUAAUGCCAGACCUGCAUAUGACGGACAUAAAAGUCUCUACACGGCUCAGCCCUUAGGCAAUGUUGUGGAGCUUGAGGUCGUCUUAUCGGAUGGCCAGGGGGGAGAUUUAAGGAGGAGGGGUGGUAAAUAUCGUGUUGUAUUUAGACAGGCAAACAGGAUAAACCUUAGAAAUCUAGCACAAUAUCUUGCAGGGGAUCCUGUACCACUUCCACAAGAAGCAUUGCAGCUUAUGGAUGUGGUUCUUCGACAAGCUGCAUUCAGAACCUUUAUUGAAAAGGGUAGGUCAUUUUAUGGGGAGCAUUUUGGGGUAGAGAAGCUACAAGGAGGCUUGGUGGCCUAUCGGGGUUUCUAUCAGUCUAUUAGGCCUGCACAGAAUAAUCUCUUAACUUUGAAUCUUGACAUUGCUGUAACUCCCUUCUAUGAGCCUACGGACUUGCCUCACUUCAUUGGCAAUGCCUUCAGAAUGGAUCCUCGAGAAGUUAAUGCCAUAUUGUCCAGAAAUGACUCUAAUGGUGAUUCAUAUCGAUCCAGAUUGAAAAAGUUACUGAAAGGUCUUCGUGUAGAAACUACUCAUAUCAAACGUGGCUAUCGCAUUAAGAGCUUGACUGAUGUGCCUGUGGAUGCUUUAACAUUUGAUAGCAAUGGGGAGCAAUUGACUGUUACAGACUAUUUCCAAAAGCAGUACAAUAUACGCCUUGGGCUUCGAGGAUUUCCAGCAAUUGAAGCUGGUAGCAAGGAUAAGAAAAGAUACAUUCCCAUUGAGCUUUGUCGUAUUCAAAAGGAUCAACCUUAUAUGAAAAAUUUGAAUGACCAACAACGUUCAGGUGUAUUGAAGCUAACUUGCUUGCAUCCACAGAAAAGAGUAGAAAACACUAGAAAGAUCGGAGAGGAGUUGAGAGAUGCAUCAAGAAAUGAUGCUGCAGAGUUUGGAAUUCUAAUCAACAACUUAAUGACACAAGUUGAAGGAAGGGUGUUACCUCCACCAAGGAUUAGGUAUAACUCACAAGAGGAAAAUCCAAGAGAUGGUGCAUGGAAUAUGAGAGGCAAGAGGAUAUUUAAGGGCACAAAAAUUUCUCAUUGGUCAUUGGUAAACUUUGCUCAAGGUCUUCCCCGUGGAGCAGUUCAAACAUUUUGUGAAAAACUACCUGACCUUUGCAAGCAAUAUGGUGUGCCUAUGAAUCCUGAGAUGUCAGCACCAUAUGCCGACGAGCCAAAUCGCAAUGUUGACGGUGUGGUACGACAUCAGAUGCGGGUUUGUAUGGAUAAAAACAAGAGUCCUCUUGAACUGCUUGUGUGCAUUAUGCCCCAAACAGACAACAAGCAUCUAUAUGCUUCUGUAAAGAAGCUUUGUGAAUUGGAAUUGGGCAUUUGGACCCAGUGUUGCUUGGCGGAACAUGUGAAAAAAUGUAAACCUGAAUACAUUGCCAAUGUUAUAUUAAAAAUAAAUGCGAAGCUUGGUGGACAAAAUUCACUAUUGGUUGAUGAGGAGAGGAAAACUUUACCUCUCAUAUCAGAAGUACCAUCGUUAAUCAUUGGUGCUGACAUCUCACAUUCAAGGGUUGGAGAUGAUAGUGGUCCAUCAAUUUUAUCUAUUGCUGCAAGUAUGGAUUGGCCAUCCUUCUCUAAGUAUGAAGCAAUAGUUCGCACACAAAAACGAGGGUCGGAAAUAUUUGAAGAUCUAUACUGGGAGAAAGAGGACGAGCAGGGCCGCAAACAAACAGGAGGAUGUUUCAAGGAGUUGUUAGCCUUAUUUCAAGAGCGGGUCAACAGGAAGCCGGAGCGUAUUCUUUAUUACAGGGACGGCGUCAGUGAUGGUCAGUUUGAGAUGGUUUUGAACAAUGAAUUGGGAGCCUUGAAAAAGGCUUUUGAAGCUCUGGGGUGGGCCGAACAACCUGAAACAGGAGAUGAUGAAGGGCCAUCAUCGAAAAAGCCUAGACUAGGCAAAUCACCAUUGGUUACAUUUAUAGUGGUCCAGAAACGCCAUCACACACGUUUUUUUCCAACUACUGAAAAGCCCCCAAUUCUGAGAAAUGGAAAUAUUCCGCCUGGAACUGUUGUAGACGAUGUAAUAUGCCAACCAAAACUUUUUGACUUCUAUCUAUGCAGUCAUGCGGGAAUUAAGGGCACCAGUAAGCCAGCUCACUACAAUGUACUCAAGGAUGAAAAUGGCUUUUCACCUGAUGCAAUUCAAAAAUUGACCAACGACCUUUGUUUCACAUAUGUUAAGUGCACUCGGUCGGUUUCAAUAGUGCCUGCAUGCUACUAUGCGCACUUAGCUGCAAAGCGAGCUCGUGUGUGGAUUGAUUCAGAAAACCUUUCAGAGAGUGGGUCUUUUCGGGGUGGAAGCAUGUCGGGAAGUGCCGGAAGUCAAGCUUUUGGGGGGCCUCUUGUAAGGCCAUUGCCUCCUAUUCACGAUCGCAUCAAGAAUUCAAUGUUUUUCAUAUAAUGUUCGGCCCGGCUUAUCUUUUUUGGUUCCAAAUGUUACAUUGUGACAGGACGAUAGAAAACUCUAAAAAGUGAGGCAGAAAAUUUUGGUUCCAAAGGUUUUUUGUAUUUGCAUUUUUUGCAGGACGAGCAUGCUGAUAUCCUGUAAUUAUUUCUCAAGCUUUAAUAUGUUUUCCUGCUGUAUUCCUCUCUGCAUUGCAAUAGAAAAUCGAUAUGUUGGCUUUUCUACGUUAAA